UUUUUCUUGGACCGGUUCUACAGUGUUGCUGGCAGAAUGGCCACCGCGAACCCGCCCGCCUAUCAUUGCAUCGUUUGCACCCUGACGAAGAUUCCUUUCGCUUCGUUGAGCAAAGAGAGCCAACAGAAAAUCGUUCGCAAUGGGCGCCCAACACCGAAGAUGCGUAACCUUACGUCCCGCUGUCUGAAUUCCCUUAAUCUGAACGUACACGAUUGGAUGACCGGUUGCGAUCGUGAGAAAAAGCUCUUCUGUUGGCCGUGUCUGCUGUUCAACACUUCCGAGUACGACGUGUGGGGCAAACGCGGUUUUGGUGACUUUUAUCGGCUUUCCUCGGCGACGAUCGAGCAUACGAAGGACGUGUCGCAUCAGGCGAAAAGCAAAACACUGAAACUGUGGACCGAAACGGCCUGCGAGCAGAGCGAUAGCAGUGGGGCCGAGGAAGACGUGGAGUGCAUUCCGGAGCUUGACUUUCUCAAUGCCUCCGCCUCUGAACUAGAUGAAGAGAUAGAUGUGAAACCGAACGUUGAGGCGCUCAACGCGGCGAUCGGGUUCUCACAACACCUGUCCGGGCAAGUGGUGGAUCUGUGCGAAACCGCCGAAGAUGGCAGUGGAAUGUACUUUGCCAGAACCGCGGCAAUUAAUGCGGACAGUCAGGAGUUGGGCGAAAACAGUCGCACCAGCAAUGCAUCGUCCACCACCGUGGGGCAAGGGACGAUGGCGGAUGAUUUAGCACGUAUCUACAAAAACCCUUUCCCCGAAGUAGCAAAUCCUAUGAUGUCACAGUCGGUUCAGAACGGUACGGAAAAGUACCAACUUAAAUGGCACUCGCAUCAUCAGAACAUGAACGUUUCCUUGUCGAAUCUAUACAAAAAUGAUCGGUACGCCGACGUCAUGCUGCUAACGUGCAGUGGGGAGGAAAGCUAUGCGAUACCUGCUCACAAACUGAUACUUGGGACUUCCAGCUUGUACUUUGCAAACAUUUUUGACAAAAACGCAGUACCGACGAAUGCGAUCACCUACAUCGUGCUUCCACCCGAUCUCACGCACCGCUCGAUGCAGAUUCUCAUACAGUACAUGUACACCGGGGAGUCGACCGUCUCGACGGACAUCCUCAACGAGGUACUGCGCGGUGGAGAUAUACUGAAAAUCCGUGGACUCUGGCGAAAUGAUUGCUCAAAAACGGCUUCCAAUGGCGACGGCAACAAAGAGCACCCGCUGGGUGAAUCCGCGAGUCGGUUCGUUAGCCCCGUCACCGUUAACCUGCCGCAAGUGUCCCCGGCACCGGUGUUUGCGUCGGGAACGGGGUUGAUAAAUAUUAAGCGUGACGUAGCGAUCGAUCCGGGCGAGCGACGACGGACCGGGUCUGCCGAAGGCAUUCGCCGUUCGCACAAAAAUCAGGAAAACAUCCUUCAACCAAACUGUGACCCGUCGCAGCAACAACCGCAACCGAGACAUCACUCCCCAUCACUACCUGGUGAACCGCAUUCUUUUUCGGUUCACGAACAUCCACGGCGAAGCGCCAAACAAGACGGAGCACGUACGCCGACAAGAACUGCGCUUUCAAACGCAGAGAAUGUUGAGAAUUCUACACCGAACUCGUCAGCAGGACCGCCUGGAGCAAUACCGGCUGAGUUGAAUUUUCUCAACGUCAAAGCGGAACCGGUCGAGUGGAUGGAUGUGAGAGCUGGCGAGCUUCCCCAGCUAUCCGGUGCGGUGAGUCCCGCUGGCCAGAAGGCAGCAACAGGGAGCCGAUCAGCGGAGCUGCAAGUGAAAGUCGAAGCCGAAUCCGGAGCGGACCAUUCUCGGCCAUCUUCCACCUCCUCUUCCGAGCAACCAACAUACUCACCGUUGACCUGUGAGCUGUGCAGCGAAACAUUUACCGUCCCCGGUGAGUGGGUUCGCCACAUUGAGGGCCACGGCGAUACGUCGCAUGCGUUGCCGAAACGCCGGAGACGGACGGAGGAGUCUGAAGACGCUGAUAUAACGGCGGCGCUGCGAUGUGACCUGUGUGCGACGUUCUACGUAACACCGGCCGAUUGGGUGCGCCAUGUUCAGAGUGCUCACACGGAAACGGAACUGGCCAUUUCGAACAAACGGCAGGCGUAUCCGCGAUAUGCUGCUACGUCAAACUCCACACACCACCACGAUUCAACGGCCGACAACGAGCCGGUUACGCAGCAGCAGGAAAAGCUGUGCAUCGUUUGCAAUAAAUCGUUCCCAUCCUACGCCAGCAUGAUCGUGCACAGGCGCACCCACACCGGCGAAAAACCGUUCUACUGCGACACGUGUAACAAAGGGUUUAACGUUAAGUCGAAUCUUCUACGGCAUCUGCGAACGCUCCACAACCAACAGGGCGAGCUUCCCGCUUCACCGCACACCGAUGCUGCGGACAGUCACGGCUCCGAGUGACGUGGCUGGCGGGAGAUAUCCAAACCGGGCGGUUAACGAAGCAAUUGAACCGAAGUACCGAAUCGCCGAUGGUUAACCUCUGUUUCCUUGUCGGUCGUUUGCUCUUCCUGUGCAUAGUCGAAACUUAUUUAUUUUCUAUUAAGGCUUUACUCUGUGUACUGUGUAACACCUGAAAAGCAUUCUACUAUCGUGAUAUGAAGUGAGAGGCGGUUAAGUCAUUGCAAUAUUACGAAAAUAUUGUUUUAAAUAUCUGUUCUUCUCCUUUCUGGCUUUUGUUUUGUAAUAAAACGCAAAUUAUACUGUGA